UUAACCAGUUACUACCCAACUCUGCAUAUACAUCAUUGUUUGUUCUGUGCAUACAAAUAAAGUUUUUCUUUUUGUAUUCUAUUAAGAUGACACAAGUGAGCUCAGGCUUUUCCUGGAGCUCAGUGAAACAGAGUCUUCAGAUGAUGACAGUGACAAUGAAGAGGUGAUCUUUACAGAAGACCAUGAAGAUUUGGAUUUUGCAGAUGAUGAUGACACUGACGCAGAUAAAACCAAUGGCGAUGACUCCGGACAGUUACUUGUAAAGCUCCUAGCAUUCAUGCUUUUGACCUGGCAGGCUGUGUUCAACAUAUCAGACAACGCCAUUGCUGCAUUGCUGCUAUGCCUCAGACACUUUAUGUGGCUCAUUGGUAAUAUUCUCUCUGUGGAUGUACUCAGCAAUUUUGCUGAUAUGAUUCCAAAGACUUUACAUUCACUUAGGAAACUGACCAGUGUUAACAGAGACAACUUCACCAGAUAUGCUGUCUGUCCCAAGUGUAAGACAACAUAUACACUUUCUGAUUGUUAUCACAUCGCCAGGAACGGAUCAGCUACCAGUAAAACAUGUGGAUACAUUCCAUUUUACAAGCAUCCACACAAGACAUCUGCCCUGAGAAAGAAAUGUGGUUCUCUCUUAAUGACCAAAGUUACACGUUUCAAUGGGAUUGAAAGUUUGUACCCAAAACAAACCUAUUGUUACAAGAAAGUAAUUCAGUCUUUAGAAACCUUGAUUAGAAGACCUGGAUUUUUGGAAAAGUGUGAGAAGUGGAGACAAAGACAAAUUCCUAACUCCGUGAUGGCAGAUGUAUAUGAUGGACAGAUUUGGAAAGACUUCCAGUAUGUCAAUGGAAAGCCAUUUUUAGCAGAACCAAACAAUUUUGCUCUCAUGAUGAAUGUUGAUUGGUAUCAACCCUUCAAGAAUUCCCCAUACUCAGUAGGGGUAAUAUAUCUGGCCAUUUUGAAUUUGCCACGAGAGGAGCGUUUUAAGGAAGAGAACAUCAUUUUAGUUGGAGUAAUACCAGGGCCUACAGAACCAAAGAACAACAUCAACACUUAUCUUGACCCUUUGGUUGAUGAGCUCCGUGAGCUGUGGGAUGGAGUUCCCAUAUUUGAUUCUUCAUUUUUGGGGUGUCAAGUCUACAGAGCUGCUCUUCUUUGCCUUUCAUCAGACAUUCCAGCUUCACGCAAGUGUGGUGGCUUUGUGGGCCAUGCAGCUCUUAGGGGAUGUAACAAAUGCCUGAAAACAUUUAAGAAGACUUCCUUUGGGGGUAAAACUGACUACUCUGGCUUUGACCGUUCAUCUUGGGUCCCACGCUCUUCAGAGGAACACAAGCGGUAUGCAAAAAUGACUGAGAAAGCAACAACAAAGGCAGCCCAAAAAAGACUGGAAGGUCAAUAUGGUGCCAGGUGGUCUGAACUUUUUCACCUCAAGUAUUAUAAUGCCAUAAGAUUUGUUGUCAUUGACCCAAUGCAUAAUCUACUUCUUGGGACAGCCAGGCACAUAUUCAGGUUAUGGACUGAGCUUGGUGUUUUAAGCACCCAAAAGCUUGAUGAAAUACAAAAAAGAAUAGACUCCUUAAAGGUGCCUCAUGAUGUGGGAAGGAUUCCUCGGAAAAUUGCCUCUGGGUUUAGUGGAUUUACUGCUCAACAGUGGAAAAAUUGGACUACUAUCUAUUCUCUUUUUUGCUUAAAGGGAUUGAUUGAUGACAAACAUUAUGAAAUGUGGUCAGACUUUGUACAAGCAUGCAUUAUCAUAUGCUCAAGAGUUAUCUCCACAGAUAGACUGGAAGUAGCAGACAAGUAUCUGCAGACAUUUCUAUCUAAGUUUGUCAGUCUGUAUGGGCCACUGAAUUGCACACCUAACAUGCAUCUGCAUUUACAUUUGAAAGACUGCAUUUUAGAUUAUGGACCUGUCUAUUCAUUCUGGUGCUUCUCUUUUGAAAGAUUUAAUGGAUUGUUAGGGCAAUAUCAUAAUAACAACAGAAACAUUGAAGUUCAAAUCAUGAGACAUUUUCAACAGAACCAACAACUUUAUAUGCCAUUGCCUUGUAAAUAUGGGACUGAAUUCAUCAACAUCCUAGCAAGCAAAAAAUGUGAUACUUUGUCUCUUUAUGGAGCCACUGACACAAUGGUUUUGAAACAAAAUUCCCAGAUCUCUUCUACAACGCUUCUUUUAGAAGAUGUAGACAGUAUUGAGCCACUGCCUCAAUUUCAGGAUGUUGUGCUAGAAGAAUCUGACAGAGAAAAUCUGUUAUUAAUGUACAAUAGACUGUAUCCUUACAACGGUGUCUUACAGGUGGCUCGUUUGGCAAAGACUUGUUUUAAAGUUAAGAGUUUUGGAUUAACUCUGUCAGUUAAUAGUUGCAGAACUGAAAGGUCUGCUUGUGUUUUGGCUAAAUGGUGUGCUGGUAAUUCAAGUUUCGAGCAACCAGUACUCAAUCCAAAUGCUGAUGUCCGCCCUGGGAUUAUUAAGAGUUUUCUGAUUGUUACUUUAAAAUCUAAAGCAUGUACUUUUCAGCAUAUUGUUGCAAAGGUUACAUGGUUGCACGCACAUCCAGACAGACAUUUCUUUGGGAGUCCUGUUGAGGUAUGGAGUUUGCAGGGCACACAUACUGAUACAGCUGCAGCAUUUCUCCCUGUGGAGCGUAUUGCAGGCAGAUGUGUACUUAGUACAUCAACUGUGCAGUUAAGUCACACUAAAGAGAAGGUCUCGGUUGUAAUUCCACUAUGCACUGUGGUUGAGAUUUAGUAGUAGAGAUUUAGAAAUUUGUUUUGUCAUUGUUAAUGUCUAUUUUAAUUUUUGUCAAUAUCUGUUAAUGUCAACCUUUACAAUAAACCUUUUUUUUGAUAUACUAAAACAAUGUUUGUUGUAUUCCUCUUGACUAAUGUAACCCAUGAAGAGUCAGACAUAUAAAG